AUGGCAACUUCAAUACUUGGGGAAGAACCCAGGUUUGGAACCACACCGUUGGCAAUGUUGGCCGCAACUUGUAACAAGAUUGGCAACACAAGCCCAUUAACAACUUUGCCAGAAUCCAGUGCAUUUGGGAAAGGCGGGUUUCACCCAUGGAAACGUUCUGUCUCCAAUUGUAACCUGGGGUCUGGCCUUUCGGGGUUCAGCGUGGCCAACAGUCGAGCUUCGGGCGGAAUCAGCAACAGUUUCUCCGUGAGCAACGGUUCCGGGAACAGUGCUUUCUGUUUGGCCUCCACGUCUCCAACAUCUUCUGCUUUUGGCACCGAAUAUAGCCUCUUCUCUAACUCGGUCUCAGCUACUGUCAACUCCCAAGACACGGGGCAGUCGGCUUUCAUCUCCAAAGUCCACUCUUCGGCUGAUACUCUCCAAGGGAUGUACCCUCGGGUAGGAAUGGCUCAUCCAUACGAAUCCUGGUACAAAUCCGGUUUCCAUACUAGCAUUUCCGGCGAAGUUGGAAGCGGGGCUUCCUCCUGGUGGGAUGUGCACACGAACCCCAGCUGGCUGGAAGUCCAGAACCCAAACGGGGGCCUGCAGCCCAGCCUUCACUCCGGGACCCCACAGGCCUCCCUCCACUCGCAACUCAGCACUUACAACGCAGACUUCUCAACUCUGAGCCAUUCCGCCUUCACUUCCACCGGAAUCGGCUCGACUGCUUCUCACUUGUUGUCCACUGGACAACGUCUCCUCGCCCAAGAUGGUUUCAAGCCUAUGAUCCCAUCCUACACGGAUUCCACCUCGGCUGCACUCACAGCGAACUCCAUGAUUUCAGCUCCUUCGGGACUGGGGAGUUCGGCCAGGUCCUCCCGACGUUAUUCUGGCAGAGCGACCUGCGAUUGCCCCAAUUGCCAGGAGGCCGAGCGCCUUGGACCUGCCGGGGCCAGCCUUCGGAGGAAGGGCCUCCACAGCUGUCACAUUCCGGGAUGCGGGAAGGUCUACGGCAAGACUUCUCACCUCAAGGCACACUUAAGGUGGCACACUGGUGAGAGGCCCUUCGUCUGUAACUGGUUGUUCUGCGGCAAACGCUUCACCCGAUCGGACGAGCUGCAGAGACACUUGAGAACCCACACGGGAGAGAAGCGCUUCGCCUGCCCCGUCUGCAACAAACGCUUUAUGAGGAGCGAUCACCUAAGUAAACACAUCAAAACACACAGUGGCGGCGGGGGCAAAAAAGGCAGCGACAGUGACACCGACACCAGCAACUUGGAGACCCCCAGGUCAGAGUCACCAGAUAUCCUAAUGGAAGCUGUACACUCCAAUAGGGCGAUCAAGGCAGCCACUCCGGUACAAAACGAUUCCUAA